UCGAAUCCGGCGGAGCGCGAGCAGUCACGGGUGCUCACCGGCUGAAGAUCUAGUCUCCAAGUUUAUACACACACGAUCGGCUUGAAUUUGGGGGAACAACCCUUCUCCGUCACAAAUAGCCCCACUCGUGAACUUUGUAUUGCGCUUGCGUACUUUUGGUGUUUUGUCGCAGUUUAUUCGAAACCUGUUUUCUUUUGAGAAAAGAGAUUUUAGGUUUAUUGGUGUUUAUUUAUUCACGGUGAUCAUUGAGAGGAUCUGUCAGUAUGAAGUGUCCCGUUUUUAAGUGAUGGGUUUACGGAUUAUUAAACUCUGAAGGGGUGGAUUUUUGUUAAUUUGUAAGAAAAACAAAUGUUGAUUGUGAAGACUGAUGAAUACUGGAUGUAAUAGCGAGGGCAAUAGAUAAAGUUGCCGAAAGAAAAAGAAAUUAGGGUUAAGGACUGGUGAUGAUGAUUGGGGGUGGUGUUGUAACACCUCCGGGAACUGCCAAACCGGCAGCUGUUAUUAACGAAAUGGUUAUUGAUGUCAUUGGCAGUGCUAGUGUCAGUGGGAGUGGUAGUGGAAGUCCAGCGACGGCCGCUGUACGUGCUUCAAAUAUUGACAAUGAAAGUGGUAAUAAUAACAACAAUAGUAUAAGUAAUAAUAAUAAUGAUGCUCAUUCGGUUGUUGGUAAUGUGACAAAUUCAAGUUCAAUUGUUGGGAGAAAAAUUUGUUGUCAAGAAGAUGAUACACCACCGAGUAGCACUGUGACGAGACCUUGGGAACCACCUUCUCCAACCCUUUCGCAACAACAGAAUAGAUCUCAUUUGUUACAAAUGCAUCCUGCCCGACAUCAUUCACAUGCUCAACAUCAUCAUCAGCAGCUCAAUGUUCAACCAACAUCAAUGAUUGAUGGUGUCAGUCUACAAAACUGCACGACAGGACCGUUCCCAACGGGAAACAACAGCAGCAGUGCUUCACGACAACGACUACUCGAACUCUCACAUGGAUUAGGUGCCUUGAGGCAUUACAAUGAUCUCGCAAAUCAUGUACUGUCAUUAAAUCAACAGGGUGCUGUUGUCACAAAAUUACUAGGCACCCUCCGCCCACCAGGUCUGAUUGGUGGCAGCAAGCCCAAGGUAGCGACGCCCGCAGUAGUCGCCAAGAUUGAACAAUACAAGAGAGAAAAUCCAACCAUCUUCGCCUGGGAGAUUCGAGAGCGACUUAUCUCCGAAGGUGUUUGCAGUAAUGCAACAGCACCAUCUGUAAGUAGUAUUAAUCGAAUUCUACGUAAUCGAGCGGCGGAGCGUGCCGCAGCGGAAUUCGCAAGAGCCGCUGGUUACGGUUUGUACGCGGCUGGACCGCAUCCGUAUUUUAAUUCGGCCCAUCAUCAUCCGUCGUCAGCUCAUCAUUUAUCAUCAGGAUGGCCAACGCCAGGUGCCGGUGGUCAUCCCUGGGUACUACCACCACUAGGAAGUGGAAUGUCAGGUGCAGCGUCGGCACUUCUACUUCCACCGUCAUUGAGUCCCGGUGCUGCUGCCGCUGCAGCGGCGGCCGCCGUUGCUUCAGCGUCCGUCGCCGGAAGUCCCGAUCACGCUCUUCACGCAGCCGACGCUAUCGCUCGUGGCUAUCUUCAAGGUGAUUUUUGUGCAGAUGGCGAUGGCGAUGACGGAAGUUUGGACGGUUCGGAACAACCGAAAUUCCGUCGCAAUAGAACCACCUUCAGUCCGGAGCAACUCGAAGAAUUGGAGAAGGAAUUCGAGAGAUCUCAUUAUCCAUGUGUAUCGACGAGAGAGCGUUUAGCGUCAAAGACCUCCCUCUCGGAAGCACGUGUCCAGGUUUGGUUUUCCAACAGACGGGCAAAGUGGCGGCGUCAUCAACGAAUGAAUCUCUUAAAACGUUCGCCACCGCCGCCACAAUCGCAGCAGCAGCAACAACAACAACAGCAGCAGCAGCCGCCGCCGCAUUCCGCUGGAUUAGACAUCAACCGUACAGCGGGUUGCUCCAUCGGUGGAAUGGGCGGCGAAAAUAGUGCCUUUCGCGCAGUCGUCACUGGACCAACGUCAACAACAGUCGAACGUAUCGAGAGGAUUGAGACAACCACAAGACAACCAGAAAGAAAGCCAAGUGCUUUUCGUAUGAUAAGUCAAUUGGUGGGUGAAACUUCACCAAGUGGUCCACCGAGUCCAGGAGCUGAUCAACGUAAUCAUGAGCCAGGAGUCGAUCCCGGACCAGGAAGACCAGAAAUUGAAUCAAUCGACGAUGAGGACGAGGAGAUCGAUGUUCAGGAUUCCGAUCAAGAUGCACCGUCGCCGUCACCAGUUGCAUGGAGGGAUCAUUGGACUGAUCAACAACCUCUCGAAUUAACCAAACACGAUCGUUGAUUAUCAUUAUCAUUCACAAGGUGAUUAUUCAUUUUCAAAAUCAGGUCUAUCGACUCUUUAUAUUCUCUCGGGAAUAGCACACAAUUUUUCAGGGCAUUGAAAAAGCGUUUUUCAGCUCUUGGGAUUCAAGAUGGCACACACUAGCUUUUGGUGUAUUAUGCGGAAAUUCAAUACGAACUUAUUUUCUUUAUCAGUGAUCAGUAUUGUUUUAACGGUAGAAAUGGUUCGCGUGUUUAGUUAUUCAGAACAUGAUUAUGUGGAAAGCCGCUCUUUUUUUUUGAAAAAAAAAGAAAUCUUUCAAGAUUUUACUCAUUGUUUGUCAGAUUAUGUUAUGAACAAAUUAAAACCUCUUUUCUAACUCUAAAUGAUGUAUUGUUACACACAAAGAUAUAUAUCUUCUGGGAAGAUACAAAGUGCUGUCCGUGUAAGAGCCACAAGUCUAGUGAAUUAAUAAUCAGGAAUUGAUUUUCUGUUAUAAUUGCUUCAUAAGAGAGCAUAUUAUGUGUAUAAUUCCUUAUGAGUGUCUGCAUUUCUUCGAGUUACACAGAAAGAACGGUAAUCUAAUUUUAAGAAGCUUCUACUUAAAUAGGAGCCAAGAAUAUUCUCCACUUAAAUUAAGGGGCCCCACUUAAAUUAAGUAGGAAAUAUUCCUACAAUAAGAUUGAUAUUUUAAUUGUAAGAAUAUUUCCCACUUAAUAUAAGUGGGGGCACUUUAUUUAAGUAGGAAAUAUUCUUGGCUCCUAUUUAAGUAGGAGCUUCUUAAAAUUAGAUUAUCGUUUUUUCUGUGUAGAGUAUUAUUACUUCGGAUAUUCUGAAGGGAUGGAACUCUUCAUUGAAUGGUAAUUGUAAGUAGAGUAAUAAUACUUGCAAUACUAAUAGUACUUGCAGCUCAACUUUUUUUUAAAUUCAACUAAUUUUUGGGCUUAAAAUAAAAAUAAGAAAAAUUUGAGGUUCUAAAAUUAUACAUUUCAAUUGUAAAUACAAUUUACAAUUACAUUUACAAAUGUUAAUUGUUUCAGUCAAAAUUAGGUUUAAAACAAGACUUAUUUUUUUAAUGUGUUAAAUCCAAAAAGUGUAUCAAAUUUUAAUUUAUUUAAAAACUAAAAUUACCAUUCAAACUGUUAUUCUAAAAGCGGAUGAUUGAGACUUCUAAAGCGAGACUACAAAUCUUUGGAGCGAAUUUCACUCCUGACUGUAUAUAAUAGAAUAUGCCUUUUUUUCAGUGAAAAUCCACUCCAUUGAUAUUAGUCAUUUUAGUAAAUUCACUACGACUAUAAAUAUUGUAUAUCAACCACCAUAUUGUCGUUUGUAUAUAUAUAUAGUUCGAAUUAAAAAAAGAACAAAGAAUUUUUUUUUCUGUGAAACAACGAGUAUUAUUUGUACUCUCCUAUUAAAUAGUAGCUAACUCUCUAGCUCAAUGCAUCUUUUCUUAUCUACCAGAAAUACUAAAUUACUCUCCGAGUUCACUCGAAGGCGCGAGCUCGAAACUAGUCCUAGAAGAAAUAUACUUUGAAGCUAUAUCCAUUUUCGAACGAUAUAUUUCACACCUCGACGUGUUUUUCAAGGAAACCAUGGAAGAAAAAAAUAAACUAUACAAUUUCGCGCAAAAAAGAAGAAAAAGAUAAGCCAAUGGAUUCGAAACAAUUUUAAAGCUUGGCGUGAGAAAAUCAAGUUAUAGAAAAUAACGUUUACUAGAGAAAUGAAUACGCAAUCUUAAAAAAAAAAUUUCUCAUGUGAUGAGAAUGUAAAAAGUACUUCUUGAAUACGUAUAAAUAUAUAUAUAGAUAAUUCUGUAACAAGUUCUGUUAAAUCCUUUUAUUUAAAUGAAUCGUUUGUAAAUACGAAUCACGUAGUUGUUUGUGUCUUUGUCUUCAACCUCAUCGUAUCCUCCGCUCCCAAAAAAUAACAGAUCCUACCGAAUCCAAGGAGUGAAUGAGAAAGAAAAAAAAGGGAUGAGAGAUUAA